CAACACCAUGGAAAUGGCAAAACAUGAUAUCAUUCACGCUUCCAAAUUUUUCACUACUUGCUCUCCAAUAUAUUCCUCUUUAUAUAUUCGACGUUUUAGAUCCUCGAGUAACUCCGCACCAAACCCAUUUUCUAACUCUUAUUGCCAAUGGAGUUCCGACCAUCUCUUCCUCGAGUUCACCCUUCUGUCCGGAUCCCGAUCUCUUCCUCUUCCCGUCUUAGUGUUACGAGUGAAAGAGACACCAUCCACGCGGCCCAAAAACCACAUUCCAAAAGAUGGAGCCCUUCCAAAGCGGACCUUCUCAUCCUUGAGGAGGCUUUCUCGGCGAAUGUCGGAAAGAUCAAGACCGAUACGAAAAACGAGCUGUCUGAAAAACUCAAGAUACCGCCCCGUGCGGUGGCACUGUGGUUCACCAAGCGGAGAGCCGAGCACAAAUCCGAAAAACUCGAGGAGAAAUCUGUUGUCUCUCGAGCUCGUUACCUCAACUGCAUGGCUUACUUGGACAGACUUUCCAAAAGGAACGAAACCCUAAUGCAGAUUCCGGUGGCUGCUACCAAUGGCACGCUGAUAACAUUGGACGAGGACACGACAAAGGCAAAUGGGUCCAAAUUAUUACAACUUGUGGAUCCCCGAAAUCUUUAUUGUGUCGGACGUACCGGAGAGACGGCAAGUGAAUCGUAUGAAGAGGCUAAUAGCUCAGCUAACUGGGGAAGCGCUGAUGAGUACGAUUGUUUCCGAGGGUUAGGGAACAUAGUGGAAGAAGGCGACAGCUACACGACGAAUUCAUACCCUUUUCCGGAGCUUGAAUUUUGAUGGGUAGUGAUAUGAGUUCAUGUAUGACCAUCCCCUCUUGGUUUUCAAUUGAAUGCUGCUGCUGCUGAUGAUGAUCAACCAGAUGAAUCUUCACUGUUUACUCUUGGUGAUGUGUGUUUUCCUCUGUCUCUGCAUUAUUCCCAUCUGCAGAAGUGGAACCUAUAUGCCAUAACAAACAAAACAAAAAAAAGACACCAGCUUUCUUCU